AAAUUAUCCGUUUGCCCCUUUCUCUGAAUUAUUUUUAAAAUUACAACCAAUAUGCUCUAUUGGUCUCAAUUACUGGAUAACUAACUGACAAUGAACCAGUCCUGUGGGGUUUAGGAUUACCCGGCGAGACCUCCGAGCGACACUGGGGGGCGCAGUUUCCCAGCUUCGCCUCAGCCACAUCCGGGUGCCACCUCAGGUUCAGGCUGGGAGCAGGCGGAACCUUUCUGUCGCGCCUUCCAUCAACCUGCGCGGCGGGGACGGUUUAGGCCACGCGCACCGCUCCCUACGGGUGCAGCUGCUUGCUUCAGCCGGCGGAGUCUGGCGUGUGGGGCUCCUGUUGGCUUCUUCCUUCGCCGUGAGCAGCAUGGACGUGCUUGCGGAGGAAUUUGGAAACCUGACCGCGGAGCAGCUAGCUGCGCCAAUACCGACUGUAGAGGAAAAAUGGAGGCUGCUUCCAGCAUUUUUAAAGGUGAAAGGCCUUGUAAAACAGCAUAUAGAUUCAUUCAACUAUUUUAUUAAUGUAGAGAUAAAGAAAAUCAUGAAAGCCAAUGAAAAGGUUACAAGUGAUGCUGACCCCAUGUGGUACCUAAAAUAUCUUAAUAUCUAUGUUGGGCUCCCUGAUGUUGAAGAAAGCUUCAAUGUAACCAGACCAGUGUCCCCUCAUGAGUGCCGCCUGCGGGACAUGACAUACUCUGCCCCCAUUACAGUGGAUAUUGAAUAUACCCGGGGCAGCCAGAGGAUCAUCCGCAAUGCUUUACCCAUUGGCAGAAUGCCCAUAAUGCUUCGUAGUUCAAACUGUGUUCUUACAGGGAAAACGCCAGCAGAAUUUGCCAAACUGAAUGAAUGCCCUUUAGAUCCAGGUGGCUACUUCAUUGUUAAAGGAGUGGAGAAAGUUAUUCUUAUCCAAGAGCAGCUGUCUAAGAACAGGAUUAUUGUGGAGGCUGACAGAAAAGGGACAGUUGGUGCGUCAGUUACCAGCUCUACCCAUGAGAAAAAAAGCAGAACCAAUAUGGCUGUGAAACAAGGACGAUUUUAUUUGAGGCAUAAUACUUUAUCAGAAGACAUACCGAUUGUAAUUAUAUUUAAGGCCAUGGGUGUUGAGUGUGACCAAGAAAUUGUGCAGAUGAUUGGAACAGAGGAGCACGUGAUGGCUGCCUUUGGGCCCAGUUUGGAAGAAUGCCAGAAAGCUCAGAUUUUCACACAGAUGCAGGAAUUAGUUAAAGAAUUCAAUUUCCGAGCCAAAUGUAUCUAUACUGCAGUGAUGGUAAGAAGGGUAAUUCUGGCCCAAGGAGAUAAUAAAGUUGAUGACAGAGACUAUUAUGGUAACAAGCGAUUGGAGUUGGCAGGACAGCUUUUAUCUCUUCUUUUUGAAGAUUUGUUCAAAAAAUUUAAUUCUGAAAUGAAGAAGAUUGCAGACCAGGUCAUUCCUAAGCAAAGAGCAGCCCAGUUUGAUGUAGUCAAACACAUGCGUCAAGACCAGAUUACCAAUGGCAUGGUGAAUGCCAUUUCUACUGGAAAUUGGUCUCUAAAGAGAUUUAAAAUGGACCGUCAAGGUGUGACUCAAGUGUUGUCUCGCUUGUCAUAUAUAUCCGCACUGGGCAUGAUGACAAGAAUCUCUUCCCAGUUUGAAAAAACAAGAAAAGUGAGUGGUCCUCGAUCGCUCCAACCAUCUCAGUGGGGAAUGCUCUGUCCUUCAGACACUCCUGAAGGAGAGGCAUGUGGUUUGGUAAAAAACUUGGCCCUUAUGACGCACAUCACGACUGACAUGGAAGAUGGACCCAUUGUUAGAUUAGCCAGUAACCUGGGAGUAGAAGAUGUGAAUUUAUUAUGUGGAGAAGAGCUCUCUUACCCAAAUGUGUUUCUCGUCUUCCUCAAUGGUAACAUCCUGGGUGUCAUUCGAGACCAUAAGAAGCUAGUGAAUACGUUUCGACUGAUGCGAAGAGCAGGAUACAUCAAUGAAUUUGUUUCCAUCUCAACAAAUCUUACAGAUCGAUGUGUCUAUAUUUCUUCUGAUGGAGGAAGGUUGUGCAGACCCUACAUAAUAGUUAAGAAACAAAAGCCUGCAGUCACGAAUAAGCAUAUGGAAGAGCUGGCUCAGGGGUACAGGAAUUUUGAAGAUUUCUUACAUGAGAGUCUGGUGGAAUAUCUAGAUGUGAAUGAAGAAAAUGAUUGUAACAUCGCACUCUAUGAGCAUACAAUUAAUAAAGAUACCACCCACUUGGAGAUUGAACCCUUUACUCUUCUUGGAGUUUGUGCGGGCCUGAUUCCAUACCCUCAUCAUAACCAGUCCCCAAGAAACACAUAUCAGUGCGCCAUGGGAAAACAAGCUAUGGGUACCAUUGGAUAUAACCAGCGGAACAGAAUUGAUACUCUCAUGUAUCUACUAGCAUACCCACAAAAACCUAUGGUUAAAACAAAAACCAUUGAGUUGAUAGAAUUUGAGAAACUGCCGGCUGGACAGAAUGCGACAGUUGCUGUGAUGAGUUAUAGUGGCUAUGAUAUUGAAGAUGCUCUUGUUUUAAACAAGGCCUCCCUGGACAGAGGUUUUGGGCGUUGCCUUGUGUAUAAAAAUGCUAAGUGUACAUUGAAACGAUAUACCAAUCAGACUUUUGAUAAAGUGAUGGGGCCGAUAUUGGAUGCUGCCACAAGGAAACCCAUCUGGCGACAUGAAAUUUUAGAUGCAGAUGGUAUUUGUUCUCCAGGUGAGAAAGUAGAAAACAAACAAGUGCUCGUAAAUAAAUCCAUGCCCACAGUAACUCAGAUCCCCUUGGAAGGAAGCAAUGUGCCGCAGCAACCACAGUACAAAGAUGUGCCCAUCACCUACAAAGGGGCAACAGAUUCAUACAUUGAAAAAGUGAUGAUAUCUUCAAAUGCUGAAGAUGCUUUCCUAAUCAAAAUGCUGCUGAGACAGACAAGGCGUCCAGAAAUUGGAGACAAAUUCAGCAGUCGUCAUGGGCAAAAAGGUGUCUGCGGUUUGAUCGUCCCUCAGGAAGACAUGCCGUUUUGUGACUCUGGCAUCUGUCCGGACAUCAUCAUGAACCCUCACGGCUUCCCAUCACGAAUGACGGUGGGAAAGUUAAUUGAGCUGUUGGCGGGCAAGGCAGGCGUGUUAGAUGGCAGAUUCCACUACGGCACCGCCUUUGGAGGCAGUAAAGUGAAGGAUGUGUGUGAAGACCUCGUUCGCCAUGGUUAUAACUACUUGGGGAAAGACUAUGUUACAUCUGGCAUCACAGGGGAGCCUUUGGAAGCAUACAUUUACUUCGGCCCCGUGUACUACCAGAAGCUGAAACACAUGGUGCUGGAUAAGAUGCAUGCCCGUGCCCGGGGACCACGGGCUGUCCUUACCAGGCAGCCCACUGAAGGUCGAUCUCGUGAUGGUGGUUUGCGUCUUGGAGAAAUGGAACGUGACUGUUUAAUUGGUUAUGGAGCCAGUAUGCUUUUACUAGAGCGACUAAUGAUUUCAAGUGAUGCCUUUGAGGUUGAUGUCUGUGGGCAGUGUGGACUUCUGGGGUAUUCCGGCUGGUGCCAUUACUGCAAGUCGUCCUGUCACGUGUCUUCCCUUCGUAUUCCGUAUGCCUGCAAGCUGCUCUUCCAGGAACUGCAGUCUAUGAACAUUAUCCCCAGGUUAAAACUGGCCAAAUACAAUGAGUGAGGAUGGGAAGGUGACUAUUUAAAGAGAACAAACCAUAUUUUGCAACACAGUGCAAAAUAGAAGGGACUGAGGACCAUGUCUGCUCCUGUGAAUAAUUCCUUUGAAUGUUCUCUCGGAAAAAAAGCAAAAAUCGACGGAAAGGCUUUUUAACACUAGAAAACUGACUGAACACCCUUGAUCGGUGAGCCUCGGGCCGUGGAAGAGAUGCCAGCAGUGUGGACUAUAAUGCCGUUCCUCGUUCAUGUACUGAAUUUGAUUUGCAAAUGGACAUGACCUAAAAGAUAAAUAAACUUUUAUUUCACUUCUGG